AGCAGUUCAACUUCAACACAAAUCAUGUUGUCUGUAGCUCUGCUGCUGCUGCUGGCAGCUGGAUCCUGUGUGAACAGUGAGCAGUUGAAUCAACCAGCGUCUCUGACUGUCCAGCCAGGACAACCACUGACCAUCACCUGUCAGGUCUCUUAUUCUGUUAGUACCUACGCGACAGCCUGGGUCAGACAGCCUGCAGGAAAAGGACUGGAGUGGAUUGGAUGGAUAUAUACUGGGGGCACAUACUACAAAGAGUCACUAAAAAACAAGUUCAGUAUCUCUUUAGCAGCUUCCAGUAAGACAGCGACUCUAACAGGACAGAAUAUGCAGCCUGAAGACUCAGCUGUGUAUUAUUGUGCCAGAGACACACAAGUUACUGUGACGUUACUGCACUGUGACACUUACUUUGACUACUGGGGAAAAGGCACGGUGGUCACGGUCUCAUCAGCCACACCAAAGGCCCCUACUGUGUUUCCUCUGGAGCAAUGUGGCCCCGAGACCGGAGACACCGUGACUCUCGGCUGCCUCGCCACCGACUUUACACCCGCCUCACUGGGCUUCAGAUGCACCAACGCCGAGGGAGUUGCCCUGCCUGAUGUACUUCAGUACCCCGCUGUUGAGAAAAACAGGGCUUACUUUGGAGUCAGUCGGGUCCGCGUGCAGCGAGACUACUGGGACGCCAGGAAAGUUGUCAACUGUGUUGUUGAGCAUUCAGCAGGACAAAAACAAUGCCGCCUUCAGAAGAAAGUCGAGUUUCAUCAGUUGCCAACUCUUAACGUGUUGAUCUCUCCUGAGAUGAAGAAUGAGAGAUCAACUUCCUUCUCCUGCUUUGCCACUGAUUUUUCACCAAAUGCUCAUGAAAUCAAAUGGCUCAGAGACGAUGAGGAAAUCCGUGACAAAAUCUCUGAGAUCCAGACCUCCUUUGAGCCCAAACGUAAUGAGAAUGGGACUUUGUACAGUGUCGUAAACUAUCUCCAGGUUGAUAAAAGUGCUUGGACGGAAUCGGAAGCCAAGAUUACAUGUGUGUUUAAGCAAAAAGAAGAAAAUGUCAACAAAUCUGUGGACUAUAAUACCACACCGGGUUCCACCACAUGUAAUGACCCAUGUGUAUAUGUUGACAUUGAGAUCUUGCCCCUCAGUUUGGAAGACCUGUUUCUGAACAAAAAAGCUAAACUUGUGUGUGAAGUGCUGGAAAAACAAGGAUCCGUUGAGUCUGUUGAGUGGCAGGACAAAGAUGGGAAACCUUUAAACAAGGACAGUCAUAAGAGCAGCCGAGGACCCCACAACCUCUACAGAAUUGAAGUGGAUGUCCUGUUUGAGGAGUGGAGCGAGGGGAUGGAAUAUUAUUGUGUUGUUGAACACAACGACUUAAUUAAAGCUGUAAGGGAGCGUUUUCAAAGGGACAAAGGAGAAACGAUUAAGCGGCCAUCUGUUUUUCUGCUGAGUCCAGUAGAACAAACUAGUAAUGACGUGGUGAUCCUGACUUGCUAUGUGAAAGAUUUCUACCCCAAGGAGCUUGUAGUGUCUUGGCUUGUUGAUGAUGUGGCAGCAGAUCCAGCUACCUAUACAUUCAAUACCACAAAUCUUUUAGAAAACAGCGGAUUCUACUCUGUAUAUAGUGAGCUUACGUUGAGCUUGGACCUUUGGAAGAAAAAUGACAAGGUGUUCAGCUGCGUUGUCUACCACGAGUCUAUGAUGAAAACAACAGGAGUCAUUAUUAGGUCCUUUGUACAAAACACCAAUGAAAAACCCAACCUGGUUAACGUCAGCCUUAACAUCCCUCAAAUUUGCAAGGCCGAAUUAAAUGAAAACGUGGAAAAGCGGGUUGUCCAUCCGACCGUCACCAUGUCCCCUGACUGGAGGUGGGUCUCUGGGGCUGCAGAAGUGAGCCUUGUGUGCACCUACAGCGGUUACUACCCAGACGACCUAGAGGUGCAGUGGCAAAUAGACAGCCGUGCUGUCGACAUCGUUCCGGUCCAAAAGAAGUUUCAAGCUGUGGAAAAGGAGGGAAAAACUUUCAGCCUAAGGAGCCAGAUUGAGUUGGACCGGAAAAACUGGACAAAUGGCUCAAAUGUCACGUGCAAGUCCAAACACCACGACGCCGAGUUGAGCAAAUCAAUCAGUAUUUGUGCAAUUUACCCUUCCUCCCCUCCUUGCAUUCACCUGGAGACCCCCAGCUUCAAAACAGUGAUGAUGGCAAAGCCUGAGGUGACGGCUACGUGUGUGGUUGAGACUGUCUAUGAUGCCAAGGUGACCUGGCAUGUCGAUGGGGAAGAAAUCUCAGCCACAAGAACCGUGCCGAACCGGACCGGCAGCAAGACCUAUUUCAGCAGCAACCUGACUGUUUCCACAGACAAGUGGAUGACGUACAGUCGCGUGACAUGUAGGGCUGAACACCCCUGCUCCCCUCCAGCUGAAAAGACGGUGGAUAUAAGUAAGUCACCUGUACCAAAUGAUGUUCAUGUGAUAUUUGAUACAACUGAACUCUGCAGCAACCCCUGUGUUUGUUUCAAAGGGCUUACAGCGGACAGGGCCCCGUCGGUGCUGAUCAGAAGAUCUCUGCCACACUUGCUUCAUGGAGACGAUGCCGUGCUGGAGUGUGAUGUCAGACAACUCUCCUCUAGCGACCUCUACGUCACCUUUCAGGCCAACGGAAGUGACAUAUCUGAAAAACAAUUUGUUGAUCUUUCCAAAGCCACAGGCCUCACUUCAACCACUCUCCAGUUCUCAGUUCCAAAAACCCACCAGGGAAAAGACAACACGUUCACCUGCAAAGUGAACCAAGGCUUCGUCAACAGCUCGGUAUCAGACUCAACCGGACGGAUUUUUGGUGACCUGUCAAUGGAGCUUCUUCUGGUCCCCAGUAAAGACUCAGGACAACAGAAACUCUUGUGCAUUGGCUGGGGUUUCAGUCCCCAAAUCAAAUGGCUUUCUGGGUCUCAGGACAGAUCGGCAUCAACUAAAGACAUCUUAUUAGGUGAAGACGGUCGUGUGGCAAUAAUCAGUCAUCUCAAUGUGCCUCAAAACGAGUGGACAAAAGCAGUGGUCUUUACUUGUGAAGUCUCUGACAAGGUUUUAAAUAAAACUGUCCGCGAUGAAAUGGGCUUCUGUUCAGUUUACCCUUCCUCCCCUCCUUGCAUUCACCUGGAGACCCCCAGCUUCAAAACAGUGAUGAUGGCAAAGCCCGAGGUGACGGCUACGUGUGUGGUUGAGACUGUCUAUGAUGCCAAGGUGACCUGGCAUGUCGAUGGGGAAGAAAUCUCAGCCACAAGAAUCGUGCCGAACCGGACCGGCAGCAAGACCUAUUUCAGCAGCAACCUGACUGUUUCCACAGACAAGUGGAUGACGUACAGUCGCGUGACAUGUAGGGCUGAACACCCCUGCUCCCCUCCAGCUGAAAAGACGGUGGAUAUAAGUAAGUCACCUGUACCAAAUGAUGUUCAUGUGAUAUUUGAUACAACUGAACUCUGCAGCAACCCCUGUGUUUGUUUCAAAGGGCUUACAGCGGACAGGGCCCCGUCGGUGCUGAUCAGAAGAUCUCUGCCACACUUGCUUCAUGGAGAAGAUGCCGUGCUGGAGUGUGAUGUCAGACAACUCUCCUCUAGCGACCUCUACGUCACCUUUCAGGCCAACGGAAGUGACAUAUCUGAAAAACAAUUUGUUGAUCUUUCCAAAGUCACAGGCCUCACUUCAACCACUCUCCAGUUCUCAGUUCCAAAAACCCACCAGGGAAAAGACAACACGUUCACCUGCAAAGUGAACCAAGGCUUCGUCAACAGCUCGGUAUCAGACUCAACCGGACGGAUUUUUGGUGACCUGUCAAUGGAGCUUCUUCUGGUCCCCAGUAAAGACUCAGGACAACAGAAACUCUUGUGCAUUGGCUGGGGUUUCAGUCCCCAAAUCAAAUGGCUUUCUGGGUCUCAGGACAGAUCGGCAUCAACUAAAGACAUCUUAUUAGGUGAAGACGGUCGUGUGGCAGUAAUCAGUCAUCUCAAUGUGCCUCAAAACGAGUGGACAAAAGCAGUGGUCUUUACUUGUGAAGUCUCUGACAAGGUUUUAAAUAAAACUGUCCGCGAUGAAAUGGGCUUCUGUUCAGUUUACCCUUCCUCCCCUCCUUGCAUUCACCUGGAGACCCCCAGCUUCAAAACAGUGAUGAUGGCAAAGCCCGAGGUGACGGCUACGUGUGUGGUUGAGACUGUCUAUGAUGCCAAGGUGACCUGGCAUGUCGAUGGGGAAGAAAUCUCAGCCACAAGAACCGUGCCGAACCGGACCGGCAGCAAGACCUAUUUCAGCAGCAACCUGACUGUUUCCACAGACAAGUGGAUGACGUACAGUCGCGUGACAUGUAGGGCUGAACACCCCUGCUCCCCUCCAGCUGAAAAGACGGUGGAUAUAAGUAAGUCACCUGUACCAAAUGAUGUUCAUGUGAUAUUUGAUACAACUGAACUCUGCAGCAACCCCUGUGUUUGUUUCAAAGGGCUUACAGCGGACAGGGCCCCGUCGGUGCUGAUCAGAAGAUCUCUGCCACACUUGCUUCAUGGAGAAGAUGCCGUGCUGGAGUGUGACGUCAGACAACUCUCCUCUAGCGACCUCUACGUCACCUUUCAGGCCAACGGAAGUGACAUAUCUGAAAAACAAUUUGUUGAUCUUUCCAAAGCCACAGGCCUCACUUCAACCACUCUCCAGUUCUCAGUUCCAAAAACCCACCAGGGAAAAGACAACACGUUCACCUGCAAAGUGAACCAAGGCUUCGUCAACAGCUCGGUAUCAGACUCAACCGGACGGAUUUUUGGUGACCUGUCAAUGGAGCUUCUUCUGGUCCCCAGUAAAGACUCAGGACAACAGAAACUCUUGUGCAUUGGCUGGGGUUUCAGUCCCCAAAUCAAAUGGCUUUCUGGGUCUCAGGACAGAUCGGCAUCAACUAAAGACAUCUUAUUAGGUGAAGACGGUCGUGUGGCAGUAAUCAGUCAUCUCAAUGUGCCUCAAAACGAGUGGACAAAAGCAGUGGUCUUUACUUGUGAAGUCUCUGACAAGGUUUUAAAUAAAACUGUCCGCGAUGAAAUGGGCUUCUGUUCAGUUUACCCUUCCUCCCCUCCUUGCAUUCACCUGGAGACCCCCAGCUUCAAAACAGUGAUGAUGGCAAAGCCUGAGGUGACGGCUACGUGUGUGGUUGAGACUGUCUAUGAUGCCAAGGUGACCUGGCAUGUCGAUGGGGAAGAAAUCUCAGCCACAAGAACCGUGCCGAACCGGACCGGCAGCAAGACCUAUUUCAGCAGCAACCUGACUGUUUCCACAGACAAGUGGAUGACGUACAGUCGCGUGACAUGUAGGGCUGAACACCCCUGCUCCCCUCCAGCUGAAAAGACGGUGGAUAUAAGUAAGUCACCUGUACCAAAUGAUGUUCAUGUGAUAUUUGAUACAACUGAACUCUGCAGCAACCCCUGUGUUUGUUUCAAAGGGCUUACAGCGGACAGGGCCCCGUCGGUGCUGAUCAGAAGAUCUCUGCCACACUUGCUUCAUGGAGAAGAUGCCGUGCUGGAGUGUGAUGUCAGACAACUCUCCUCUAGCGACCUCUACGUCACCUUUCAGGCCAACGGAAGUGACAUAUCUGAAAAACAAUUUGUUGAUCUUUCCAAAGCCACAGGCCUCACUUCAACCACUCUCCAGUUCUCAGUUCCAAAAACCCACCAGGGAAAAGACAACACGUUCACCUGCAAAGUGAACCAAGGCUUCGUCAACAGCUCGGUAUCAGACUCAACCGGACGGAUUUUUGGUGACCUGUCAAUGGAGCUUCUUCUGGUCCCCAGUAAAGACUCAGGACAACAGAAACUCUUGUGCAUUGGCUGGGGUUUCAGUCCCCAAAUCAAAUGGCUUUCUGGGUCUCAGGACAGAUCGGCAUCAACUAAAGACAUCUUAUUAGGUGAAGACGGUCGUGUGGCAGUAAUCAGUCAUCUCAAUGUGCCUCAAAACGAGUGGACAAAAGCAGUGGUCUUUACUUGUGAAGUCUCUGACAAGGUUUUAAAUAAAACUGUCCGCGAUGAAAUGGGCUUCUGUUCAGCAGCAUCAUCUCGGAAAGCUGGUGUCUUCAUUCAGGGUCCAGCUCUCCAGGAACUGCAGACGGAUGAACAGUUGGCUUUCACCUGUCUUCUGGUUGGUCAAAAUCUUGAAGAUUUCUCCAUCACUUGGAAAGUUGGUGGAAAUAAGUCUCAGAGGGCAUUGACUGAACCACGGCUGAGUCACGACAAUGGGACGGAGACCAUUCGUAGCUUCCUGAACGUAUCAGCAAAGGCUUGGCUCACAUAUACACAAGUAUCCUGUGAGGGGAAGCACCUAUGCUCCACACAGGGUUACGAGACGCACAUAAGCAGAAGUAGAGAUCCUAAGCCGCCAUUUGUGAAGAUAACAAGGCUGAAUGACACGGACCUGCCGGGCUCAAACAUGGAAACGCUCAUUUGCCUUGUGACUGGAUUUUCCCCCUCUGGCAUCUUAGUGUUUUGGGAGAAGGACGGCUUGAGGCUGCCAGUAUCACAAUAUACUAUCAGCCCUGUCUGGAAAUACACAGACAGCAACACCUUCUCACUGAACAGCAGACUGAACAUAUCCCGGCGGUCCGAGAGGGACCAGGAAGCUGCAUAUUCCUGUGUAGUAAAACACGAGUCAUAUGAGGAACUAUUCAAAAGCACAGUACAACCUGUGUUUGCUCCAGUGACACCGAGUCCACCUUCAGUCACCCUCCUCCAUGGUCCUGGCGAGCUUGUGUGUCUGGCAAAUGGUUUCAGGCCUGCACCGGUGAACAUCAGCUGGUUCCUUGAUGAGACUACAGAGUUGUGGAGCUACAACACCAGUGAGCCACACAGAGGACCACAGGGGGACUUCAGCGUCCAGAGCCGACUCCGCCUGCCCCCUGUUGACUGGCCACUCGGGGCAGUCUACACUUGCAGGGUGACACAUGUUACCCUGACACUGGCCUUAAAUUUCACCAAACCAAAACUUCUAGACCAUGUGUACGUUGACCAGAACCAGCAUGAUGUUGUUAUUCAAGAUGUGGAGGAAGAAGACUGGUACAUGGCCUUCACUUUCCUCCUGCUCUUCUUCAUUUCCCUUCUCUAUGGAGUGACAGUCACCCUCAUAAAGUCGAACCCGCUUCAGUGGAGAACAGCCUGA